CAGAUGGUUUGUCUUCUUUUGGGUCUCUGUUGAAUCUGAUGUUCUGUCUGCGCUCUCAGAUGAGAAACGACUCUCACCAAAAUCGCAACUUUUUUUGUUGCAUCGCAAGCCCAAAAAUCGUCGGAUAAAGUUUGGCCGGCUUGGAAAUUUUUUGAGGUGUUGUGCGGUUUUCGCAAAAGUGUAUUUCUUGUGAUCGCGUGUCACUGAGGCUGGAGGUUUUCCGUGGACUGAAGUCAGGAUGUCAGAUAUCUCAGUCAAUGACCAUCUGGAGGGGAUAUUGUCUGAUUUUGAGGCUCUGAAGAGGUCCUUUGAUAUCGAUGAUGGGAAUGAGAUCCCCACAUUCCCCCCUACGUCUUCUGUCACAUCUCCCAUCAGCCCGAGUGCCAUCCUCAACCAGACAAAUGAAGUGAGGAGUCCAGGGAACCAAGUGUCUUCUCCUUAUCGCUCCAGGAUUAGUAUCAGCUGCAGUCCUGCCCAGAGCCCCGUUUUGAGAAAUAGGAUGGUGUCCAGUCUCUCCUUCAACCAAGGGAAAAUGGGAAAGCCCACUAUCAAUGUCAGCUCUGGGAUCAACAGAGCUGCCUCUUUUCAAAACAAAUUCAACCCCAAUGGCUUCACUUCGUCUUCUGGACCAGGAAGUGACAACGACAGUCUCCAUAGCUCCUCUUCCAGUCUGGAAUACCAGGCCUCUUCAAAACUCUGCUCCUACACAAGCGCACGCCAGAGUCCGGUUGGUGUUGGGGAAUUCAAGGCCCAACAUUUAGGCAGUUCUGCCAUGAAGAAGUUCUCCUCACAUGGAAAUAUGUUCCAUUCAGAGCUGGAGGGUCCUCUGGUCAUCCCAACUGAACCCAUGGGUAUUAGCCAUGGCUCCAUGCCUUCUUUGGACCUCCAAAUGGAGACUGCAGGAAUGAGACGAGUGGUUUCGCCUGGAUCACGAUUCACCAAUACAGGUCCGCAGUGGAGCACAAGUCCCUAUAACAUCCAGAACAGCAGUACCUUUGCAAGGGACUCGUCUAUCAACAGCCAGUCACCCAGGCCUAAAGAUCCGGUGCGUCUCAACAAGUUUCCUCUUGACCUUGACAACUUGGUUUUCAAGUCUCAGACAGAAUCUCCGGGAGCACCUAGACCACCUCCAAGAUUCCACACACUGUCCAACAGUCCCACUGUCUCAGCAAGUCCCUCUGCAUCCAUUAGCAGCCUGGACAGCACUGACCUAUCCAUGGCCCACAACAACAACAACAACAUUAUUGAAAAGAAAGAGCCCGUCACUCCUCCUGGAGCUAUCCCAGUACCCAACAUCAUUGAAUCUCCUGUGCCUCUGUCUCCAGCCCAGACUCCACAAUUCAAUGUGGUCUCUAAACCCCAAGUGGUCCAGGUGGCCCCUGCCUCACCUUCCCUGUCAGGACAGAUGGAGAUCAGCCAUGAUAUCAAUCAGGACGAUAUCCAUGCCAAAGAGAGCGUGGAUUCCAUAUUACAGCGGAUCGCCUCUUUCUCCAAAGUGGAGACUAAGGUGCCAGUGUCUGAGCCAAGUCUGGUCAUCCCCCUGAGUAAUGGAAUCCAAAACGUUUCACAAACAAUACAAUGUAAGCAGCUCACGAGAUCUGAAGACACGGUGCAGGAGCAGGGCCUGGAUCUGGAGCCACCUGUCCGGAUGGAGGAGGAGAAGGAGGUGAUGGAGGAGAGGGAGGUGGAUGAGAGAGUGGUGGAGAUAGAACAUCCUCUGCCAUGCCUCAGUGAAUCUGACACACAAAGAAUUAUCAAGGGCAGAGAUCUUUUCGGAUAUGUCGGCAUUGAGGCAGUGUUGGACCAGAUGAGACGCAAAACCAUGAAGGCUGGCUUUGAAUUUAAUAUCAUGGUGGUUGGUCAAAGCGGUCUGGGGAAGUCAACGCUCGUAAACACACUCUUCAAAUCCAAGGUCAGCAGGAAGUCCUGCACUCCUAAUUAUGAGGAGAAGAUCUCGAAAACUGUCCACCUGCAAUCAGUCAGCCAUAUCAUCGAGGAGAAAGGGGUGAAGAUGAAGCUUACAGUAAUUGACACCCCUGGAUUUGGAGACCAGAUCAACAAUGAGAACUGCUGGGAGCCCAUUGUACAAUAUGUCAAUGAACAGUAUGAAAAAUACCUGAAGGAAGAGCUGAAUGUCAACAGGAAGAAAAGAAUCCCUGACACCCGUGUUCACUGCUGUGUCUACUUCCUGCCAGCCACUGGACACUGGUUACGCCCUAUAGAUGUGGAGUUCAUGAGGAGACUGGGGAAGAUAGUGAGCAUCGUUCCUGUGAUCGCCAAGGCAGACACACUUACUCUGGACGAGCGGCUAGAGUUCAAACAGAGGAUAAGACAGGACCUGCAGGCCAACGGGAUCAGAGUGUAUCCACAGAAAGAAUAUGAUGAGGACGCUGAAGACCGGAUACUCAACGAUAAGAUUAGGGAAAACAUCCCCUUUGCUGUGGUGGGAACAGAUAAAGAACACCAGGUGAAUGGGAACAAAGUCUUGGGAAGAAAAACAAAGUGGGGGAUCAUCGAAGUUGAAAAUGUUGCGCAUUGCGAGUUUGCACACUUGAGAGAUCUUCUUAUCAGGUCCCACCUGCAAGAUUUGAAGGAUGUCGCUCACAACAUCCACUAUGAGACCUACAGGGUGAAAAGACUUAACGAGAGCAAUGCAAAUGGAGUGGCGCUUUCACCUUUGACCCUGGAGAAUGGUACCCUAGAGAAGAGCGAUACAGAGAGUCACCUUUGAAAGGGAAGGAGCGUGUGCCCAUCUUUCGCCCCGUCAGAAUGGGAGAGAUGAACAUUUUACUUCUAGAUUGCCACAGUUGGAAAAUCGACACGCUUGACUAAAGACAUUUGCGCUUACGCGUGUAAACUUCAUAUACGAGUCUAUUUUUGAAAUGAAUCUAUAUUGUGGGAAGGGAUCUGGGAUGAAUUAUGGGUCGAAUUGAACCUGGUUUUGGCUAAGAGAAAGUUGUCCUCUAUUUUCCUUGCUCUUGAUAUCUUUGAUCUGUGAUCUGCCGAAUGAAUGGCACAGAGGGUUGGCAUGCUGGAAAAUGUGUGUGUUCCUGCACGGCUGACACCUCACAGGAUGAGAAAAUCCCAUAAUCCCUAUCCGGGUUACUGCACCUCUACAUUUACACUGAACCAGCAAUGUGACAUUCUCCUUUUGAUCUUUAUUUUCAUAAUUAUUUUUGCAUUUUUUUUUUUUUUUACAGCAAAAUAUGAUCUUUCCCCGUACUUUUGUAAAAGAAAAAGGAAUCUUUGGACAAAUAUUGUUGUUACCAUAGCUGCUUUGAAGCUGAAGGUGUUUUCUUAACAGAUCCUUAAAGAGUUUCUUACUGCUAUCCAUAAAUGGCUGCUGUGAUUGUAGCAGAUAUGUUGAUAUAAUGGGAAAUAUUUCAAAUAUAACCUUUGACCUUAAAGGUCUGGUAUGAAAUGUAAUACUUUUGAUCAUUUCUAAUGCAGAGAUGGAGAAAGGAACACAAGAAAGUCGAUUCUUACUGAGGUUUGCCGUACAGUAACAGGUCAAGUUUACAGUUCUAUGUAGGGAUGUUUUUCUUUCACUAACCUAGUUAACUUGCUGUUGAAAGGUACACGUUGUGCGGUUUACUUCUCUCCACUGGAUGUCAAGAGUCCAUCUUUCCCUUUUGCUUAUCAAGGCUAUUGUACAUAACCAUAAUGUGUUCUUAUUUUCUAUCACAGUAUCCCAUUUUUUACUCCACAUGUAUUAACAGCAUCAUCAUGAUUUCCUUGUUACUAAUAUUACUAUACAUGUCAGCACCAUUGAUUUGUGAUUAAAAAAUUGCCACCGUUCAAUAUUU